AUGGCGCUGCUGCCUCGGCAGCUGCUGAGCCCCAAGGAGGAGGGAAUGCUGAGGCUACUGCGGAGCAUGGCCCAGGUGUGGGUCACAGGCGGAUGGCUACGAGAUAAAGUCCUGGCCAGCCUGGACGUGAAUUUAGAGGCCAGGGCUCACUGUCAGCGCAUCGCCCGCCUUUGUGGGCAGUCGCAUGGAGACCUUGACCUAGUGGUGGCGGGGAUGACUUCGGCAGAGUUCUACGGGCGCUGUGCGCGCGACGAGGCUUUUCGGUCAUUGCUGCGGCGUCCACCCCUGCUGGUGGAAGCCAAGGGAGGGCGUCCCAACACGGUGAAGCUCACCCUGUCCGAGGCGACUGUGGACGUCACAAGCCUUGCGGACCCAAGGCCGGGCAGCGGUGCUCAGAGCGGUCAAGAGGACUCUCUGGCACAGGACUGCCAACACCGGGACGUGAGCUUCAACGCGCUAUAUCUCGAAGCUGGGGAAGAGGAGGUCCUCGAUCCCUGCCACCAGGGCUUGUCAGACCUGUCAUCGGGUGUUGUGCGGACACCUCACGCAGGCUGCAAUGCUGCCAGGGAAGCGAAGGUUUUGAAAACCGUGUUCGAUGAGAUUCGCGAAGCGUGCUUGUGUUUCUAG